CCUCCCCCAAAUACAUCACGCCUGCUCCACCGCCCUCAGCAACGACGGCAAAGCGUCUCUUCCGCUCUUUUAUUGAUUUCUGGAAUGUCCUCGACACUCAUCGAGACAUUUGAGACGCGUCCGGCCUUUGCAGAGGUCGCGCAAUGGCAGGCGAGCGCCGAGCAAGGCGCGUCACUGCUGCUUACCCCGCAAGUCGAGGUGCAAGUGCCAUCUCCGGAAGAGAGACUCGCGGCCCAGAUCUACCACCUCGCGUCGCAGCAUCAUACCAGCGAGUAUAACCGCGCAAAGUUUGGACCUCUGGGUUCACCCGCUCCCUACGUCCCCCUUUCCAUCCAGUAUCCCGAUCAUUUUAAGGAGCUUCAGACCGUCCAAACUCAUCUAUUGCAGCUAAGAACAUGGUGGCCGAGCAACAAGUCUCUGUCCUCGCAGCAACAGGCCACCACCAUUGUGGAGCCGCACUCGCCUGUUCCUCUUAUUACAUCUAAGCCUGACGUUGUCGAGCUGCAAUCUGAACUAUCGGCAGCUAUCGACGAGGCCCCGUUAGCCUUCGCUCAGCGGCAGCAACAGCUCCCGCAGUUUCCCAUCAAAACCUCCGCAACGCAUCCUAUCAACAUCUCCAUGAUUAUCCCUCCGGAACUAAUGUCUGUCAUCACCUCUCACCUAACCCGGUCCCGACAACCAUCCCCCACCAUCUUCGACAUUCCUCCCGCUUGCUCCCUCGAGCGCCUCACCCUCCAGCCCCCUCCCUACUACGACGUCACCCCCCUCCCCCCAUUCGCCAUCCCUCCGAAUCCUUCAAGACCUCGACUCUCCAAGCCGCUCCCCAAUGCCAAAGAAUUCGCUACAGUCUUCUCCAGCAGCACGUCCUUCACAAAGGCGAUGCGAGCCGCCAUGGACUGCAAAAUACCAGGUGUCGGCAGAAAGUACUCGUUUGCCGACGCUGACGCUAUAACGGUCACCGUUGCUACCGUACAGUCGACGUACGGCUUGCUGACGCGGUCGCCAUCCAACAAGCGGUCAAAUAGUCGCGGGAGUGCCGCCUCAGUCGUCCCUUCGAAGCGCGAGAUUACCGGCGACGAAAAGCCAGAAGCUACAUGUGCUAUUGAGGACGAUCUGCCUGACGCCGACGCCGGCUUUGGCACCCCUACCUUCCCAACGCCUCCCCAGUCUAAAAUCGGCAAUCUUUAUUUGUCGUCAUGUCCUGGGAAGAAAGUCCGUCUAGACGGUCCGGUAAAAGGUCGGGGGAGUGUAUGCAGGGACCUUCGCUCAGAUCUCCAAAGAAUCAAAGAUCUGGGUGUCGGGUGUGUUAUCUGUUGUCUGGAUGACGUCGAACUGGACUUCCUGGGCGCAUCCUGGACCGAAUACUCCAGCAUAGCACAGGAUAUAGGUCUGGAUGUUCUGCGGAUACCCAUGCCCGAGGGCCUAGCACCCCUAACUCCGCAACUCCUCGACGAACGUCUCAGCCAAGUAAUCGAGUCCUACACCCUGCGCGGCGUGCCCAUCCUCGCGCACUGCCGCGGUGGCGUCGGCCGCGCGGGCCUCGUCGCCUGCUGCUGGGUGCUGAAGCUCGGGCUGUGCGGGUGGAUCGAGACGGACCCGCGCCCGCGCGUGCUCCUCGAGGCCGGCGAGGUCAGGCGCGAUACGAUGCAGCUCGUCGAGCGCGUCAUCGCGCUGAUUCGGCGGCGGCGCAGCAUCAAGGCGAUCGAGACGUACGAGCAGGUCAAGUUCCUCGUCGAGUUCGUCGAGUAUCUGCGCGAGCGCGCACCCGCGCCGGUGGGCGAGGUGGUCGUGGGGCUGAACGAGGUUGCUGUCUAAAGGGAGUGGGGUUAAAACAAUGCAAACACGCUUUAUAUCGGGGACGCUGGGACCGGUCUCACACAUCGCUAUCGCCGUUUUCUCGUUGAGGUAUGUAUAAGGAACAGGGUAAUGUAUCACACUCCUUUCUCCUCUCGUUGUCUUGCAUCGUCAUCCGUAAUAUUUUGUUUAUGUGUAAAUUGUAUUCGGUCGUUUAGUCGUAGCAUACCCUGUCCGUACUGUACCCUGCGACGGCCUGCGUUACAUAGCUAAUCUGGAAAUAUGUCAAUACGUGGAUUUCUCGUGGGUGAUUCUUCCUCUGUCUCCAUGCC